AUGGAGGGCACAAGCAAAGUGGCCGACAAGAAUGUCCUGAAAUAUCUCAUCAAGGUGCUAAAAAAGAAGCCCCUAAAUGCUGCCAAGAAAGCGACUAAGGAGAUGGAUGAUGAUGAAAUGGCUUUCAAACUGAAGCAGAAAGAAGACCAGAAAGCCUUGGAGGCAUUGAAGACGAAAGCAGCAGGAAAGGGACCAUUAACUGGUGGAGGAAUCAAGAAGUCUGGAAAGAAGGGAUUUGGCAAUUGAAGACCAUGCACUCAUUUGUUGCUGAAUCACAGCACCCUGUGAAA